GUCUGCUGUAGUACUCGGGCUUUGUAAAUUCACUUAGCUAAUUGAUUUCAGCAUGUCUUCCUCUAGACAUCACGUUGUUCGCCAUCAUGUGAUGACACUGGUCUCAAGCCUACUUGUUAACCAGAACCGAGGGCAUCACUACCCGAAGGAGAGGGCCGAGACGCUAUAGAUGAACAAAAAGGCGACCCUAUAACCUGCAACUGCGUGUUUUUUUUAGUCUCAACUAUGACCACGCCUGUCUUCUCAAAAUGAGUUUUGCUGUGAUGCCGGUAGCUUUAAGAAAAACGUAGGUCGAGCAUCUUUAUUUUCCCGCCGCCGAAAGUUAAAGAGGAAAUAUUUAACGAAAGAUUCAUAAAUGGCUGAAGAAGUUUUAAUAACGCCACCAGGGAAAAUAACGUCGUUCCUCAGACCCAUGGAUUCCUCCAAACUAAAGGCCAUAGAAGAGAUGAAUGAGAGCCCAACACACCUGACCUCAUCUCUGUUGGCAGUAGCGUUCCUCACCUCCUUUGGGAGCUCCAUGCUCUAUGGCUACAACCUGGCAGUGGUCAACUCCCCUGCAGUGUACAUUAAGGACUUCUACAACAGGACGUCAGUGAGCCGUAAUGGUACGGGGCUGGAUGGGGAGGCUCUGACCCUCAUGUACUCUCUCACCGUGUCUGUCUUUGCCAUUGGGGGUCUACUGGGAUCCCUCAUGGUGGGCAUGCUCGUCACCAGGUUCGGCAGGAAAGGCACAGUGGUGAACUCGACGGUAUUGGUGUUCAUCGCUGGAUCUCUCAUGGGCUUCAGCAGGAUCUGUGGCUCUCCAGAGAUGGUCAUCUUUGGCCGCUUCGUCACAGGGAUCCACUCAGGUAUCUCUCUGAGCGUGGUGCCCAUGUACCUGGGGGAGAUAGCUCCUAAGAACCUGCGUGGUUUCCUGGGGCUCGUGCCCAGCCUCUUCAUUUGUGCUGGGGUCUUCUCGGCCCAGAUCCUGGGUCUACACGAAAUUCUGGGGAAGGAGGAUCACUGGCCCCUGUUUCUCUCUCUGGUGGUGAUACCCACCUUCAUUCAGCUGAUGCUGUUGCCAUGGUUUCCGGAGAGCCCACGAUACCUGCUGAUUGAGAAGCACAAUGUCCACGCCACCAUUAUAGCAUUGAAGUGGUACCGGGCCAAGUGUAACAUCCAGUCAGAGAUCGAGGAGAUGCAGGAGGAGCAGCGCUCUCUGUCGUCGGUGGAGACGGUGUCGGUAUGGCGACUGAUACUGGACCCUUUGGUGCGCUGGCAGCUGCUCAGUGUGGUGGUCAUCAAUAUCGGCAUGCAGCUCUCCGGUAUAGACGCUCUCUGGUUCUAUACCAAUGACAUCUUUAGGAACGCGGGCAUCCCAGAGCCAGAGAUCCAGUACACUACGGUGGGUACAGGAGCCAUCGAGAUCAUUGCCGGCCUCAUCGGGUGUUUUACCAUAGAGAAGCUGGGCAGGAGGCCUCUCAUCAUCGGGGGGUUUCUAGUCAUGGGAUUCUGCUGCGCUGGGAUCACUCUCUCCCUCGUUCUACAGGUUCACUUACCAUUCAUGCGUUAUGUCAGUGUUGGAUGCGUGGUCGGUAUCAUCGCUGGUUUCUGCAUUGGGCCAGCGGGUGUUCCUUUCCUGAUAACGGCAGAGCUGUUUAAACAGUCUCACCGCCCAGCAGCCUACACUGUGGGAGGAUCCCUCAACUGGAUUUCCAACUUCACAGUCGGCUUCGUCUUCCCCUUCCUACAGAUGUCCGCUGGGUCCUACUGCUACCUGGUGUUCUGCUGCGUGUGUCUGGCGGUGGCGGCCUUUGUGUUCUUCGUCAUCCCCGAGACCAAGAACAAGACUUUCGUGGAGAUCAGCCAGAUGUUCGCCUCCAAGGAGGCGGUGCCAGAGACCCAGGGCCUGGGCCAUCCCGACCAGCUCAAACUGAGGAAGAUGAACGGAUACGGAACCCUGGAGAAUGGAUCGCUGGAGUUUGACAGCUCCUCCUCCGUCCCCUGAUAGUGGCUCUGAGAGAGAGGCUGGCUGCAUUCCAAAACUCAGAAGUAGCUUUUUUUCCCUUCAGUAUGACCAUUGAUAGGUAAAAGGCUGGAUUGGCUGCCACAAAAAAAUCAUGGAAGGUGCAGGAUACAAUAUCACGUCGUACUGAUUUACUUUCAGAUGAACCUGUGAUUUUGAGAUCAUGCAGUAACAGAGACAUGCACACAUACUGUAGGCACACGUAAAUAUACUGCACAUAUGCUUUCUUUUUGCCUUUUACCGUCCUAUUCCAAAUCAGGCCUUUGUUGUUUUGCAGUCAUUUAAAGGGUGUCUGGGUUAUGUCAAGACUGACAGAUCUGUACAUUUUUUCAGAAGGGUGUAUGUAGCUUGAUGUGUUUUAUACAUACUGUAUGGUUUUAUCAAAAGCCAGAGUUUAUUUUCUAAUAUAUAACUGUAUUUGAACUGUGUACAUUCAAAUAUUUUAUCAAAGUAAUAACAUGCAAAGCUUUAUGAUGUUUAUGAUCAAUUAUAUACUUGUUUUCAGAGCAAUCCUUUUUGUUGUCUAAUACAUCUCAGGAGAGACAUUCACUUUGUUUUAGUCAUUAGAAUCUAACACAAAACAUGAUGUAUGGGUUUUGAAAAUUCACUUUUGGGGUUUGGGGUUGUUUGGGAUAUGUUACAACCAGUAUUGUUUCAAGUGUUCUUGUGCAGCAUAUAUAACUUCCCUGGCAAGCUCUGCAGAUGUAUUGCACAUACCAGCUAACAACAAACGUUCCCACAACUUCAGAGAACGUUCCAUUAAGAGUCUCAUUAGGUCACAAACUAAUGUUUUCAUAGGAAUGUGCCCAUGAUGUGCAAGGAAUGUUUCCAAGAGACCAUCCCCUUAAUGUAAAAUUGAACCUACCCAGGAAGUGGUUACCAUGUUCUCAGAAUUUACAAUAUUAAUGUUUUCGACAUGUUUCAUGGAAACGUUGAAAGAACAUUCACGUGUCGACCAUUUCUGAGGGUUAGGAGAAUAUUCCAUCAACGUCCCACCAAACAAAGACAGAAUAUGGUUGCCAUGUUCUCAGAACAGAAGAUAUGAAUGUUCUAGACACGUUUCAUUUGAACGUUGCAGGAACGUUUCUGCAUAUCAGUUGUCAGGACGUCGCCUGAUGGUCCCAAAGAAACGUUCUCCCCCUAAAAAAAACAUGUUUCAUUUCACAUCACGCCUUGUUACGCCCUCAUUGUUGUAUCAGUGAUCCAUUUAUAGCUCGUUGUCUGUUGGCAAGGUCAGGGAUACUCUCACACAGUGCUUUUCACCUGGGAUUUAAACUGACAAACUCUUAAUUCACCACAUUCAGAUCUUCCUGCUAGCCACCAUGUCUGUGUCAGGUAUUGGUUAAUCUGAUUAUUUUCAUCAUUGAUUUGAUUGGUUUAUUUCAGCUAUUUAAGGGUUUUCUGUAUAAUUGUCUAAUCUUGGUGGGGCAUGUUAACCUGUUUUAAUGAUACUCCUGAAUCACUAUGAUCAAUAAAAUAGUUUGUUUCGUGGACUUUGAAAAGAGCUGAGAUUUGCUUCAAAAUACAUUCAGCCUAUUGCUUACCUAUCAAGUUGUUUCAUCUACAUAAGUGCCUAGGGAGGAGGGGUUAGGGUUUCUUAUGGGCAGGGACUAACUAUACUGGCCCAGUAAGCACAUGCCCUAGAGAUAUCUUUUAUUGGGACAGUGGUUAGGGUGUUUGUCAUUAUUUGGCAACAGUUGCUACACACCUAUCUGAUUUAAUUUAAAUGAGUUAUCAAUGACACGUGUGUUCUACAUUGUAUAUUUGUUGUGGAUUUCAAAAAGACGACAGAGUUCUCAUUGAGAUGCUCAGAUAUAUAGAAUUAAUAAAUGCUGAUCAUUUAUGAGGUCGUGGAAAUGUGGUCAUGAUUCGUGCUCAAGGGGAAAUCCUACAGAUGUAUAGUUUGUAUAGAAAAUAGAUGCGACAAUUGCCUUUCAUUAAACUGUCUUGUGUCGAUAAAAACAGCUGGACGUUAUGACGUCACACCUGUAAUAAAAAUAAAAAGUGAUUGAAGUGUUGCCAUUGUACAUUUAGGCA